CUUUCUAUCCUGCAUCCCCGCGGAGAAGCAGCUUUCUAGGUGCCUGUAGGGAAAGGGGGGGCUCUUGCCCCAAAUCCACGCUCCUUUCCAGCCUCUCGUGCCCCGAGGCCAAGGUGCGGGCUCACAGGGAUCCAUCCAUCAUGGGGGUCAGCCGUGGUUGUUUGCUCUGUGUUAAAGUGAAGAUGUUUGUCUUCAACCUCAUCUUCUGGCUGGGCGGCUGUGGCGUGCUCGGCGUGGGAGUGUGGCUGGCCGUUUCCCAGGGCCGCUUCGCCACCUUAUCGUUCUCCUUCCCGUCGCUGUCUGCAGCCGGGCUCUUCAUGGCCACGGGUGCAAUCAUCAUGGUUGUCGGCUUCCUUGGCUGUCUGGGGGCAGCGACUGAACAUCGUUGCCUGCUGCUGACGUUCUUCUUGGUCCUUUCCACCCUCUUUCUCCUGGAACUCAUUGGGCUGUUGGUUUUCGUCACCUGCCGGGACAAGUUUGACAGAUAUGCUCAGGCCAACCUAAAAGAAGGGCUGAAAUUGUAUGAGAAGGAGGACAGCUUGGGGUUAACCAAAGCAUGGGACCUUGUGCAGAACGAGUUUCGCUGUUGUGGAGUACAGAAUUACACAGACUGGUUUGAGGUAUGUAACAGAACGUGGGUUCCGAAGUCCUGCUGUUUGCAGCAAAGUGAGACCUGUCAAGAGGACAGGAACAGCUGGUGGCCAGAGGCCUGUUAUAAGAAGGUGAAAGACUGGCUUGGGGAGAACAUCUCUGCCAUGGGAAUCUUUGCUGCCUGUAUCAUUGUUGUCCAGGUCUUGGGCAUUGUGUUCUCCAUGCUGAUGUACUGCCAGGUCCGGAAGGCAGCAAAAUACUAUGACUGAGUCCAUCUGUGUAUACUCCUGCCAGCCAGUCCUUGUAGCUCAGGGACAUGAUGCUCGAAGUAGCAAUAAGGGCAUUGCUAGUUCUCUUGGAACUCGUCUGCUUUCUCCUCCCUGCUUCUUCCUCCUUCAGGCCCUCUUUUUCAAGCCUUAGGGCCUCUGCUAAAGCUAAUUCGUGCUAGUCACUCCUGCCACAACUGCUGCGAACAAAGAUAUUCUCGAUCCAGGGAGGCUGCCUCUGCUCCCAUUAAAAAGAGCUCAUCUCUACUACUACUUCCUCUUUUAACUACCCAUAUAUCCCUACAACCCCUACAUACGGCUUGCUUUCCUCUUCGCUUACCUAGUUCCCUCUGUAUUAUAUGAUGCCCCCUCUCCCUUCAACUCUGUUGCUUUUGUAUAUAACAGAACUAUACCAAGCACCAAUAAAAUAACACAUUUUAGUCA